AUGCUGGUGCAUGCUGGACUGAUGCUUCUGGCUCUGCUUCUGUCCGUCCUCGGCCUGUGUGCCGUGUUUGACUUCCACAGAGGCUUCCACAUCCCUAACCUUUACUCUCUGAACAGCUGGGUGGGCAUCUGUACUGUGCUAAUUGGGUCCUUGGUAUGGCUUCCGGGUUCUCCGCUAUGGUUCCACAGCAGCACCCUGAAACCUGUCUAUAUCUGGAUGGGAAAAGUAAUGCUUAUCCUCUGUCUGGCCUCCUGCAUUAGUGGCAUCAAUGAGAAACUGCUCCUUACUCUUGGUAACCCGUACAACUCUCUGCCUGUGGAAGCAAAGUUUGAAAACUCCCUUGGCAUCCUCGUUGCGGCCUUUGGAUUGGUCGUCUUUGGCAUCCUGUCCAAAAACAGAUGGCAGCGGCCGGAAAUAGAUAGUGAACGUGCUGAUCUCUGCAUGGCUUACUGA